AUGUCCUUCAAGAAACAAGACUUGUACCCGUGCAACCCCGCGACGGCGCGCGGCGAAGCGACCAAGCUCGCGUCCAGUGGCGAUAAGGUCGUCUAUACCAACGGCAGGACUGUAGUGAUCAGGGAUUUGAAGAACCCAUCAGCGGCGGUUACAUAUGCUGGCCAUGUACAGAACACCACUGUUGCACGGAUCUCGCCGUCUGGCUAUUACUGUGCAUCCGGGGAUGUUACCGGGACGGUGCGCAUAUGGGACAUUGUAGGGGAAGACCAGAGCUUGAAGGGGGAAUACAAAGUCAUCUCAGGACGGAUCAACGACCUCGAAUGGGAUGGCGAGAGCAAGCGGAUCAUUGCUGUUGGCGAUGGUAGAGACAAAUUCGGUCACGCGUUUAUGAUGGAUAGCGGAUCGUCAACGGGAGAAAUCAUCGGACAUUCAAAGGUAUCCCAAGUCAUCAAUGCUGUCGCCAUCCGCCACCAGAGACCUUUCCGAGCAGCUACAGCAGCAGACGAUGCGACGAUCAUAUUCCAUCAAGGUGCCCCAUACAAAUACGAGAAGACAAUCAAGACGCAUGUGAAGUUUGUCCAAGAUGUGCGAUAUGCGCCAUCAGGGGACCACUUUGCAAGUGUGGGCUCAGAUGCGAAGAUCUUCCUUUAUGAAGGAAAGGCGGGUGAGACGCUAGGCGAGUUCACUGACAGUCCGCAUUCAGGCAGCGUCAUGGCCUGUGGCUGGAGCCCAGAUAGCAAGUCAUUGGUCACCUCUUCUGCUGAUUGCACGGUGAAGCUAUGGGACGUCGAGGCUCGGAAAGCCAUCACGACGUGGAAGUUGGGUUCUGGCGUGAACCACCAACAAGUUGGAAACACCUGGACAGGCGGCGACGACAUCGUCUCCUUGUCAAUGUCCGGCGACUUGAACAUCUUCGAUAAGAGAGUGGGAGACAAGCCCGCGCGGGUUCUAAAUGGACCGCAGAAGUCGAUCACUACGGCAAUUUCAGCUGCUUCGUCCCCUGGCACUUUCUUUGCUGGUACCGCGGACGGGCGUAUAUUGGCGUACUCGGACUCAGGGUACGUACACUUGGAGGGCGAGGGGCACUCUGCCCUCGUCUCCGGCCUCGCUGCUGCUCCGGAUGGCAAGGUGUACUCCGUUGGCUUUGACGACCGGGUGAGGGAGAUCGAUGGCGGCAAGAGCUUUGUCCCAGCCGUAUCCUCGACGGCAUCUCAGCCCAGGGCAGUUACCGUAGCUAGCGACUCGACGGUCUUUGUCGCGGAAGCCAGCGGGGUGGAAGCGGUCCGGUCAAACCAGAAGGUGUUCGAACUCAAGCCAAAGUUCACUCCAAGUUCGGUGGCCGCAGCAGGCAUGACCAUUGCCGUUGGCGGUGAGGACCAGAAGGUGCGUCUCUACGAGUGGGACGGCAAGGCCUUGGCAGAGGCCGCUACGCUCGAGGGCAAUAAAGGCACCGUAAGCGCAGUGGCGUUCUCACCGGACGGAUCCCUGCUGGCGGCGGGUGACUCAUCUGGAAAGAUCAUUCUAUUUGACGUGAAGAAGCGCGAGUCGGUCACCUCCCGUUGGUCCUUCCACAGCGCGCGUAUCAACUCGCUCGCGUGGACAGCAGAUGGCCAGCACUGCGCAUCGGGUUCCCUCGACACCCAUGUGUACGUGUGGAGUGUGCAGAAGCCGAUGCGCAAUAUUGCAAUCAAGAAUGUGGGCCCGGGCGGCGUGAGUGCGGUCUUCUGGGUGGGCGACGGGCAGCUUGCGAGCGCGGGGGCGGAUGGAUGUGUCAGGACAUGGGGCAUCACGUUCCAUGCAUGA